UACAGAGCUCCAGGCCCUUACAUAGACAUAUCUGUGCAAGAAGCAGAGUGGAAGAAAGACAGGUCCAGAGGUUCAGGUCCCUGAUGAUUCAGGCCCCUGCCUGAUACCUCAGCAAGGCUAAAAUGAACCAAGGAGUUGCUUUUUGGCAACUGUUCCUGGUACUGCAACUGGCACUGCUCCCAGUGGUCACUCAGGGAAAGGAAAUGGUGAUGGGCCAAGUGGAUGGUUCAGUGGAACUGCCCUGCACAGCUUCCCAGAGGAAGAACAUGUUGUUUACCUGGAAAUAUUCUAACCAGAAGAUUCUGGGAAAUCAGAACAACUUCUUGACCAAAGGUUCCUCCCAUCUGAGUGAUCGCACUGACUCAAAAAAAUCCCAGUGGGAUCAAGGAUCCUUUCCUCUUAUCAUCUCUAAACUUAGGAUGGAAGACUCAGGGACCUACAUCUGUGAAGUGGAGAAUAAGAAGAUAGAGGUGGAAUUGCAAGUGUUCAGACUAACUGCCAACCCGAGUACCUCUCUGCUACAGGGGCAAAGCCUGACCCUGACCUUGGAAUCCCCUCCUGGUAGUAAACCUUCAGUGAAAUUCAAGCAACCAGGGAAUAAAAUUAGUACUAAUGUCAACGUCUUAGUACCCAAUGUGGGAUUCCAGCACAGUGGCACCUGGACAUGCUUCAUCUCCCAGGACCAGAAGAGUCUGGAGAUAAAAAUAAACAUCUUGGUGUUGGGUUUCCAGGAGACGCUCAACACAGUCUAUAAGAAAGUGGGGGAGCAGGUGGAAUUAUCUUUUCCACUGAAUAUCGGAGAUGAGGACCUGAGAGGGGAACUGAAGUGGCAGGCAGAGAGGUCUUCUUCCUCCAAGACCUGGGUCACCUUCUCCUUGAAGAAUAAGCACUUUUCUGUGCAAAAGGUUACCCAGGACCCAAAGCUCCAGGUGGCUGAGAAUCUCCCGCUGCGCUUCACCCUGUCCCAGGCUUUGCCUCAGUAUGCUGGUUCUGGAGAACUGACUCUGACUCUUGACAAAGGAAAACUGCAGAAGAACGUGAAGCUGGUGGUAAUGAAUGUGACUUAUCACCAGAAUGACUUGAUCUGUGAGGUGCUGGGACCCAUUCCUCCCAAGCUGGUGCUGAGCUUGAAGCUGGAGAACCAGGAGGUCUCAAAGCCCGAGAAGAGGAUUCGGGUGCCAAACCCCAAGGCAGGGAUGUGGCAGUGCGAACUGAAAGAUGGGGCCAAGGUUCUACUGGAUUUCCAGAUUGAUGUUUCACCCACAGGGUUAGACCAGUACCAGCCAAUGUUCCUGGCUGUCAUAAUUGGAGGCGCCUUGAGCUUCCUGCUCCUCGCCGGGCUCUGCAUCUUCUGUUGUGUCAAGUGCCGACACCGAAGGCGCCAGGCAGAGCGGAUGUCUCAAAUUAAGAGGCUUCUCAGUGAGAAGAAGACCUGCCAGUGCUCCCACAGGCUGCAGAAGACUCACAGUCUCACUUGAGGUGCAAGAGCCUGGGAGUUUCCCAUGUGCAUCCUCCCCAGCUAUCUUCCUCGAACUUCCUCUUGGACUUGGGCCUGCAGACCAGAUGAAUGUAGCAUAUCCCAGCACCCCUGGCCUCCUCUUGCUUUCUUCCUCCACACUGACCAUUGUUUCUCCUCUUUUGUUCCCAGCACCAUUGGCAGAGUCUUGCUCUCAAUUUUUCCUUAACAAAAUCAUUCUUCCCUAUUUCCUUUUCUUCCAAAUCCUAGCCCUUCUUUAAUUACUUCUUCUGGACCUACUCCCCAGCUGUUCACUUAGAUCCCAGGGCAGUGAGAAGGACCAGCCUUGCCUGGCAUGAGGGCAGGCCUGGGUCUAGAAAUAUGCAACCCAAGACUGUCAGUUUGUUGGAGAGGAACCUGGCACCAAAGAGGGUGGAGAUUUGCCCAACUGGUUAAGGACAAAUACAGAUCCAGGGACUCCUAAAGCCAGUCCCCAUAGUCCCAUGUUGCUUGCUUCUCACCCUAUGUGAGCAGGGCUGUACCUUGAUCCAAAUAGGCUCAGGUACACAAUCCAUGUACAAAAACACUAGUCCACAGACAAUUUCUUACACCUAAGCAGUUUAUAAACCAUUUUCUCAUCUUCAAUUUGACCCUUACAAAAACCCUGCAAGACUGAUAGUGACAAAACCAAGAUUAUUAUCUCUAGUUUUCCAGAAAUGAAACCCAGAGAAGCAAGAAGAUUCCCCACGGCCCUAUAGCCAGCAAGUGCUGGAGUCAGGACUAACCCAGGUCUCCUCACCCCUGUACCACCGCUGUUUCUUAAUGCAGGGACAAAUACCACACAGAUCUCUGCGGUGGCUAGUCACAGGUACCCAGCAUGCACCUUUGGAUCCACGGAAACACAUCACCCACAGGAAGGCCUGUCUCAAGAGCUCAGGAACAUGGGAGAAGAUCUUAGUGUCUAAAACCCCCUCCUUUAUCACCUGCUGGUCGUGAGGCUUGAUACUGGAAGAAAAUCCAUUCAAUUUUCUUAAUCAGAACACAGGAUGGGAGUAUCGGCCCCUUGGGAGAGAAUGUCCAGGGAACUGCCACUUACCAUGUACAGAACCAUCAGGAAGGCGAGCUGUGCUUAGGGGAAGAGGCAGGGAGUUAUCCUCGGGUGACCCUCUGAGGGGACCUCCUAUGAAAGGUGAUGAUGUUGGGCCUCAGCCCACCUCUUGUACCCUCCUUUUUCUCCCCCAAAACAAUUCAGGACAUGGGGAAAUUGAGGUUAUAUGUAUUCUCAUUCCUUCCCUUCAUGAUCCAUUUCUCUCAGGAUCCCCAGCCUCCUAUGCCUCUCUCCUUUCCCUUUCUUACCACCUCCCUCAGUCCCAACUCCUUGUCUGUUUUCCUUUCUCCUCUUUUUCUUUUCAUCUUGCCUCUCUUACAUACAGGAAGAUCACCUAUCUGCUGCCAGGGUCCCCAUUGCUUACUUUAUG